AUGGCGGCAAGGUUACUACUCCGCACGGCUGUUCGAGCCGCUCGAACCUGCCGAACCGCCCCGGUACCGGCUCUGACCCGCGGGAUGUCUGCUGGAGGUAAGGACGGAACUAUAAUGGGUCAUUGAAUUAAAAAAGAAAGGAGAAAUAAGACGGGAAAGAGAGUUUGAUCCGGACAAGGACAUAGAACUGACCGUUACAGUCAGACUUCUGCUGUUUAACAACCAGGACUUCACUGUUUUUAUUUUAACGUUAUUUUUAAUUAUUCAUUUUGAAACAACGAAAACAAAGCAGACAACCUCAUACAAUAUACACACACACACACACACACAAUAAUAUUUAAAAUAAAUAAAUAAUAAUAAUAAUAACGAGAUGGAAAACAAUAAAAUUACAGUUUUAUCCCGUAUUUUAACUCAAAAGUCAAACCUCCAUUAAAAUAUUCAUCACAUACUGUAAAAUAUCUAAAGGAGUUUUUUGUUGGAAUUUGAUCAUUUUAAAUAAAAAACAAUGAAGUCCACUAUCUCGGAACUUUAAUGUGUCAUCCAGACAAGGACAGAGAACUGACCGUCCCGUUUAACGACCAGGACUUUACUGUUUUUAUUUUCUUUUUAAUUAUUCAUUUUAAAGCAAUGAAAACAAAGCAGACAACCUCAUACUCCAUGCAAAAUACACACAUUAAUAAUAAUAAUAAUAAUAAAACUGGGAAAAAAUUACAGUUUUAUCCCGUAUUUUAACCCAGAAGUCAAACUUCCAAUAUAAAAGACUCAUCACACACACUGUAAAGUAUUUAAAGACCUUUUUCUAUUAUUAUUAUUGUUUUACUGUUCCUAAGGUCAGAACAGAAAUGAGGAAGAAAGUUGUUAGAUUUUCUACUCUGAGUAUAAAUCAGACCUGAAACUCCAAAGUCUCUGAAUGUUUUUAAAUCCAUGAUCAAUCCCAUUACAUCCAGGAUUCAGGAGUGAAAAUGUCUGACUAAUCUUGUUAAUUUUUUAACUAAUUUUGAAAAUUCAAUUAUCAUUUGUAUUCUUUGUAUUCUAUAUGAUUAAUGUGAUUAUGUAUUAAAACUGUAUGUGUUGCCAUUCUUGGACAGGUCUCUCUUGCAAAAGAGAUCUUGCAUCUCAAUGGGACGAACCUGGCUAAAUGAAUGUUGUUAUAAUCAUAAUAAUAAUACUAACAAGAAGAAGAAUUUGAUGAUUUAAGCUAAUAUAGUAUAUUUCAUAGAUGCAAAGGUGUAAAAAUGAACCCCAUGAAGACAGAAUCAAGCUGGCAGCCUCUUGCGGGAUUUUAUUUUGGUUACAGCAUCAACCACAGCUCAUGUCGAUCAGACAGACAGCAGAAGCCCAAACAAUCCCCUGAAUUCAUAUAACUGUUCCCUCUUAUACUGAACAUCCCCAAUGACGUCAUUAGUCCCAUUUCCCGUAAGCGGCCUUCACAUUGGUGUCUGAUAGCCAUCAACGUGACUUCUUCCGUAAACGUGUUUUGCUUGCUGGCCGGCUCUGCCAAAUAUCCUCUUGAAAUAACCAUGAUUUAUGGGUGAAAAGUUAUAAUAAAUAAAGCCCACUAUCUCAGGAAAAUAUUUUUUUAUAUUACCAAACAAGUAACUUUUGUUUAUAUAUAGAAGCGUCAACCCUCUGAAAAUUUAUUCUCAUUUAUUCUUCCAUCAGUCACAGUCAGGGUGAGGGUUCGUGAAGCUCCUCUAAGUUCUUGAAUCUGCUUUGCUUAUCAGUCCUCUCUCUGUUUCUUUGUCUCAUUUACUUCCUUACUUUCCUCUUCAUUCAACUUAAAUAAAAUCUGCUUCAAACAGACUUUGUGAACAGCCAGACUUUACAGCAGGGACCUUCUGUGGCUGAGCCUCCUUGUAGAGGGGGUUCACAGCCUGAACUGUGAUUGUGGUUUUGUGUUCUUUACAGGUGUUCAGAGUUAAUCAGCUGAUCAGGGUCUUUUCAGGGUUGAAAGAACUGAUAAGAAAACAGACUUUAACACAAUACUCUUGUGUUUUUAGACUGGGUUUUAAAUUGAGCUGUAAGAAGUAAUCAUGAGAAUGAAAACAAAUCAGUGAGUCUAGUAUAUCUGGAAUUUUUACUUUUUUAACUAAACUUUUUCAGGACAGACUAAUUAUUUGAGCAGCACCCGUAGUUGCUGCAUGUUAAACCAGGGUUUUUCCUGGCUCAAAUUGAGGCAGAGAUGGCACCAUCCUGACCAUGCGCCAUGACGUGCAUGUAUUUGUAAAUUCAACCGACUCACUUUCUUUUACAGGCAACAUACUUAAAGUUAAGAGUUCAAAAAAGAGUGUGACCAUUAUCAUGUUACAGCAUUCAUUUAUUAAAACUAUAUACAUACACAAAUCAGCUGGCAACUUUAAAUUGAAAGUACACUUCAUCCACACAUCUCACAACCAGACAGAACAUUUCAGCCUCCUCUUUUUCAUUCUGUAGAACCUCCUCAUGCACUCCUUGUAGUCCAAGGCCUCCUUGUCUGGUCCAUCAACGGCCACCUUACAACAGACAUCCAAGUGCCUCUCCUUCAGUCUGUUCCACAGAGGUGUCUUCACCUUAAACAAAACAAUUCAUCAUGCAUUAAGUAUUUUUGUUUUUAUUCUGAUACAGACAUGAAGAGUGAUAGUGUUUUCAAUCAUAUAUUAUAUAUAUGUAUACGCUGCAGUGUCCUCCCUAAAGAAAAAACGACAACCAAUUAUUUCUUAAACUAUCUAAACUGUUAUUUUAGUUUUUGUAACUUUAUUAGUUGAGUGUUUUUAGGUACUAACAUCUUUAAUAUACUUCUCCUUCUCUUCUGCUGCUUUGUGAAUGGCUGUCACCUCAUGUCUUUUUAAUGUGUCCAGCCUGUAGUUGGUUGAUGGCUGUCUCACUAAGGAGGCAGCAAUUGCCUGCUGUGUUGGGGCACAGUGCUUUUGGCAUAAAUAGCAGUGCAUGCCUUCCUCAGUAUGCCUGAGCCAGGUAAAUUGAUUGAGCCACUGCUUGUCAAAGCCACUGGCUCUGUGUUUUUGAGAAGAUCUGGAAAGAGGAAUAAAAACUACGUACCCGUUGGCUUUGCGUUGUUAUGCUCCUAAUUGGAAACUAAUUAAUUAAUUACCCUCGCCUCGCCGACUCGUCCUGUCCUGCAUUCUGACCCUCGCGAUCACCAGUCCCUUGUUAAGUACUUUCAGACCUGACACAAAUUUCCACGUUGUCACCACCAUGAAUUAUAGCAUUUUAACUGCCUGUUACGUUUUUUCUCUGCUGUGUUUCACCUGGACUCUUGACUUUCCUCCUCGCGAGGUCGCUUUUUAAAGUACUGGCUGAUUUUGCCUGUCAUAACUGCAACGCUAAAAACGGAGGAAACUUUUUUUUUUAAAUAAACACGUCAUGCUUGGAUGUAAAAAAGACAAGCAGUAUUUACCUGUUUGUACCAUCCGCCAGGGAAAAUCAGGACGCCGAUAGCACCAACUAGCGGGAAAAAAACUUGAUUUGAUCCGUUUCUUCUUCGGUAGAUGCUUCAGGUCUUUCCGGUGCACUGCUGUUGAUAUAGCGCCUCUACAGUGGCGCAACGCUGCAACUGCAGUUAAAAUACGUUGCUGCUGCAGAGGGACAUCAAUCGCUCAAUCAACACAGCUGGAGCUUUACGCUGUGUUGAGCGAAAUCAAUCGCUCUGGCUGGGGGCAGCACAAAAUUAGGUGGAGGCGGCCGCCACGCAAUUUUGAACGCAGGAAAAACCCUGUAAACAGAUAACUGCAUUUGUGUGUACAGUAAUAACUUGUCAUUAGAUCAGAUUAGAUUUCCUUUAUUCAUCCCUCAGUGGGAAAAUUAAGUAAUUAACAGCAGCAGUACACACAACAUACGCAUUCAUAAUGGGUACAAAAAAACAACAACAAAUAAAUAAGAUAAAGAACUACGGUAAAAAAGAAAGAAAGAGAAAUGCAAUUGAAGAACAGUAUUACAGUAUUACAAGGUAAAAAGUUAUUUUGUGUGCAUAGAAUUUUUAUCUUUAGGAAAAAAGGUUUUGGUGUAUGAGAAACGUUUCCUCAGAAUGAUCACAGAUAAUACAGAAGAAAAAGUGACAUAAAAUCAGUGACUAAUUACAGUAUGGGUACAGACCCUCAUACUUUCAAAUUAUUCCUAAAAACCAUUUUAAAUUGGCUUUUAACCUGUGAACUGUUCUUUUGUGUCUUUUUUUACCUUCUGCACUGUUGGUCUUAUUACUCAAUAUUUUCUGUAUUUUAAAUUUUUAUUUUUAUUUUUUUUUGUAAAGCGUCUUAGAGCACCUUUAAAAGCGCGUUAUAAAUGAAAUUUAUUAUUGUUUUUAUAAGAAUUAAUUGGUAUAAAUUGUUUAGAAACUGUCAUGACGAAAUGACAGUUUCUAAAGAAUUUUCGAUCAGAUAAUAUAAAUAUUUUCCAGGUUUUAUUGACUGAAGUAACUUUAUUUGGUUUUUCACAAGGGAUUCCCACUGAUGAGGAGCAGGCCACCGGGCUGGAGAAGAUCAUCAUGAAGGCCAUGAAGGAGGGGACGGUACGACAACAACAGCCUCGUUUUAAAGAAAAGAGUCUUUAAAUCUGAUAAAAAGAAGUUUCAGAGUUUGGUUCAGGGGGGAAAAAUUAAAACGUUGAGUAUAGUUCAUCAAAAUAAUCUCAUUAAUAGGUCUUUUUAUCUCUGACCUGACUUCAUCCUCUCCUCAUCUUCCUCAGGACCCCUACAGCAUGAUGAGACCAAAGGAGUACGCAGGCUCCAAGGCCGACCCCCACCUGGUCCCCUCCAUCACUAACAAGAGGAUUGUGGGAUGUGUCUGUGAGUUUCUUCUUCAUAGAGCUCCUUUAAAAACACUCUAAGACUCUGCAGCUGUCGGCUCAGGAGAUUUAAGAAGCAUUUAAUCCUGUCGACAACAGAGUGGACAGGAAAACGGACUUGAAUUUAAACACCUGAAAAGUGUCUGAACUUUUUCAUGUUCAAUCUAAACUGGAGGCUCAUGUUUUCACUGGUUUUCCUCCAGUUUUCUCUCACUGGUUCACUGUUUGCAUCUCUCACUCUGUUUCCUCCCUGCAGGUGAAGAAGACAACACGGCUGUGGUUUGGUUCUGGCUUCAUGAGGGCGAGGCCCAGCGCUGUCCGUCUUGUGGUUCCCACUACAAACUGGUUCCCCACGAGCUCCCCCACUAA